CUAUCGACUGCUCGCUUUAUGUACAGCAGUCAGCGUUUGGUGAGCUUAGGGAGAGCUGGAAAUAUGAACGGAAACAGUAUCUUUACGUUUUUAUUCUUCCUGUCCAUGAUAAAUUGUCAGGAAUACGAAGUGAAAGAAGUAGAUAUAAAAGUGGCCAAACAUUGCAUCCAGUUGUUGACGCAGGGGAUGGAUGGGAAGAAGUGGUUGGAGACAAGAGAUAAAGUAUACAAGCUCAUAGGUGUCCUGCCAGAAAAUAGUGAACUUUUUUUGAUGGCUGUCGGGCAAAGGACCAUACAUCUGAAUAUUUCAAAGACAGGGAGUGACUGGAAAAGUUCUGUUCUGGACAUGACAUUUAUGACAAAGCAUAAUGGAUCUGUUUCUGGAAUUAGUUUGGAGCAUAAUCGUCAAGUUUGCUUUCCUGACAAUAGCUUGCCUAAAUAUUAUGUUCCAUCGAUGCCGGAGAUUUCCUGGAUAUUCACACUGUCAACAACUGAGAUUCUUGAGAAUGUGGACACUCACAAUAAGAAGUCCUAUGUGAUGUUAAUGGACAAUGAGCCAGAUAAGUCUAAAUGGUAUCAUAUGGCGACCACCAGACGCCAUGUGAUCGAUUUAAACAGCUUUGAUAGACUGCCUUUCAUGUUGACUAAAGAUACACAUCUGCUGUGUGAUGUAAACAUGUACUAUAGUACUGGACUGUGUAAGCCGUGUGGGGAAUUCUGCUAUGGAGAUGGACCUAAUACCCCGUUCUGUUCUGGCGAGAAAAAACAGUGCUCACAUUACCUUAAAGGUCUUGAGUAUGCCUGGGAGAGUAAGCAUGUGAUCAGAGCUGUUGAGUCUACCACUACAGAAAGCAGGACUUUUGAAACCACAAGAGCUAGAACCACGGAACAGGUUCCCCCAAACAGCGCAGGAAAACUUGAUAACAAUAUAAUUAUUGUUGCAGUGCUAGCUGUGCUUAUUGUUGUAGUGUUCAUAGCUCUUGUAUGUUUAGGAGUAUACUGCUGGACUAAAUCUAGACGAAAAGAUGAAGUUAGACGAGACUCAUAUGAAAGAGUAAUAACAAUACAAAUGCAGUCAGAGCCAGGGAAUGCAACCCUUGUGGAGCAAGCAAACAUUCCACAGGCAGCUGCACCACCAAACUCCCAUUCUCAACGUGCCUCCUCUGCAGGUGAAACAGCGAGCUUCCAGCCAAAUGCUCAUCAGACUCCUCCACAUACCCCAUCCCCACCCCCAGGUGUCACGAGCAACCUCCUGCCAAACACUCAGCCCAUUGAUGGCGCUGUGGGUGGAGUUGAAGAGCAGUCUGGCCCACAGAACACUGAUGUAGCAAUUGAUAUUGCAAGGCUUCUAAGAAAAAGUAGUUUAUUUUCUGUUGAAAGUUUUCUACAAUUGAGUCAUUGUGCAGUAUGCAACUAGUUUUAUCGUUAAAUAUUACCGUAACAUGUGUACAGCACUAGCCAGAACCUGCAAUACAUCAUUUUUUCUUUGCACAAAUGUUUGCUAGCAUGAAAAAGUACAUCUACAUGUAGCUUUUUGUAAUUGAUUUUUCCUCUAAGUACAUGCCUUAAGGUUGUAUAGAAGGGGCCGUUCAGUUAAAGAUUUUAGUCGAUACUAGUCAUAUAUUAUGAUUUAUCUUGUGUAAUAGAUUAUGUAUUUUGCUACAUAUUUGAGUGAAUUGACCUUUAGACAACAUUUAAAUUGAACACUAAGUUGGGGAAAUAAAAAUAAGAGGUUUUUACAUUUAUACAAAAAAAAUCACCUCAAAACUGGCCAAAUUUCGACAAGUAUUGAUUUUUUAGGAAAUAUAUCAAUAAAUAAAAACUGUGAAUCAAAGGAUUUUACAAGCAUUAGCUAAUUGAGUUUGGGGUGCCUUGAUUCAAGGUCAAGGUCACUGUUACUUAAAAAGAAAAACGUUUGAAACUGAAUAACUUUAGUUAGGGUUGACAUAUCUUAACCCAACUUGGUAUAAAGGAAGAGUUUAUGAGACCUUUCAUGGGAUUGUGUAUGGGGUCCCUAGGGUCAAGGUCACUUUACUAAAAAUAGAAAAACAGACACAGGCUGAAGUUCUUCCGUCAAUCAUUGAAAACCUGGUUUCAUUGCAUAGUGGCGUUUCUUGUUUAUUGUAAGAACUGGCUAUGAAACUUUUGAACUGUUAAAGAUAUGCCCUUAGAAAUGUUUAUAGUACUGUACUGUAGAUAACUAUAUUAUGAACUGAGGAUAGUUUCAAAGUUGAGAAAUGUGUCCUGGUGAUAGCACCUAAAAUGGGACUGUACAGUAUGUCUGUUUUAGUUAACAAUGAUUUUGUCCAUUCUCCAUUAAAUAUUAAGGUUGGUCACAAUACAUAAUUUCUCUCCGAAGUGAACGAGCAGAGACCAUUAUUCUUUUCUAUGUAAUAUCAACCCAAGCUUAGAAAAAGCUUCACAUGUUCCAAAUUUGAUCACAAAAUCUCAUUCCUUACUAAUGACUGUCUGCGUGGAAAAAAAAAUAGCUACUUGAUUUAUAAAGCAAUACCAUAUAUAUAAUAUAUAUAUAUCUGUUUAGCAAACACCACAUAAAUUCUACGGCCAUAUUUGUGUUCCUCAAUAAAUCAGAUUACUGGCGUGUUUCAAAUAUUUGCGACUGGAACACUGAUGCAUGUGAAAGACACAUCAUGUAUAUCAUAUAAAUGAAACAGUUUUAAGUACAUACAGAUACAAAAUAAUAACAACAUUUUUUGCUCUCAUCCCUCCAUUAUGGACAACAUGAAACAAUUUUCCCCAAGCUUGCAUAGAGGUAAAAAGCCUUUAUCAUUAUCACAUUCUCAUUUUUCUAAAUACAUCGUUACUAUCCUCAGUCCACUGUAAUUACAAUGAAAUAGCUCGAUUCAGUUUUUAUUUGUUGUUUUAUGUUUGAAAUCAUACCACAUUACUGAACAUUUGUGAGUGAUUAUGCAACUUUCAGCGAGAAUUGUGCUAUUAUACAAAGAGGAGACACAAUUCCAUCAUAGUCGUAUAUUGUACUGGAUUAAGUUAUUUAAAUACUCUUGAUUUGAACAAAUAUAUCACAAUUAAAUACACAAAAUGAUAUAAAACUUACCAUGUGUCAAAAUCAAACGCUUAGCUUUUUUUAGCUAUAUCCGGUGUCGGUUUCCCCACAGUGUUUUUUUUAGCUGACCACUAGGCUGAAUGGUAUCACUGAGGCAUGUCUGAGGAUAGCGAUAAGACCAAUGAAGAUAUUGAAUACUGGCCAUAAACUUUACAAUAUACACAUACCUUGAAUAUGUUGUGCCAAAAAAGUAUUUCGCAACCCUGAUAUUAUCUCAUUAAUCAACACAUGACAUUCAUUGUUUAAGUAAAUACAUGCAUUAAAGUAAAUUUACAUUUCUACUUCAGCUGAAGCCUUUCAUGAUGACAUAGAAAACCACAAUGUUCAUUCAUGAGUAAGAUGGACAUGAUUUGAAGACGAAGUCUAAAAAAGGUGAUAUGUUUACUUAAUAGUACUCUUUGAACUGAUUUCAGAUGAAAAUAUUUCUGGUGAUUUUACCAGCAAUAAUGGUUGAUUAUAUGUCCCAUAUAAUUGUGGAUUCAUGUGAUAUCAAAUAGAUGAGUGAUGUGAUUCUAAGAAUUACAAAAGAUGAAUUUUAUGAACUUUAGAUCUGCGUGGAGUGAGUUGUAUAUCCAGGGCUUUCAUUAAGAAUUUGAAACAGGAAGUAUGAAAUUUCUCACCAUUAAUUUUUGAAGUUUUUCACUGAAAUAUUUGUUUUAAGUCUCCCAAAUACCAUAUCUUUUUCCACUAUUUUUCAACAAGUAUGUUAAAAAUCAAGUUAUUUGCAACUUUAACUAACCAAAUUGAAAGACUAAUGUUUUAAUUAUUUAUUUUACUUAAAGACUGAUUAAAAUUGUGACCAUAAAAGUAAUACUGACGCAAGGUGUGGAUUUUUUGAACUUCCAAGCUUUCUACUUUGAAAAUUUUAUUCAAAAUUUAAUAUGGAAGUUGUUAUACGUCCAGGGAAUCAAAUGUUGAAGUUUUAAAAGCAUUUUUAGGGAGUAAUAAACUUCCAAACUUCCUUUAAUGUAAGCCCUGAUAUCUUUUUCAUGUAAUCGCUACAUGGUAAGUUGGAUUUUAUUCAAAGGCCACAGUCAGUUAUAAAAGUAAUGAAAUAUUAGCAAAAAAAGAUGUAUAAUAUGAGAAUAUAUAAAAAAAAAAAAAAAAAAAUAAAUAAAAAAAAAUAUAAAAAAAACCCUCAUACUAAAACCAAAAAAAAAAUAUAUAUACAGUAUAUAGUCGCAUCUGUGUGAUUGUUUGCUUAUCAGUAAGUGUAAAGUUUUAAUUAUAAAAAUUAUAAAAGUUCUGAAUAUUUUAUAUUAUUGUUUACAAGUGAUCUUGGUUGAUGUCAUCAUUUUCAUUCCCAUAUUUCUGUAGAUCUAGGAAGUUUCUCAUUGGUAAUUACGAUUGUUUUACAGCCUGCCAUUCCAUUAUUUGGUAGAAUUCCAUAAACUCAAUGCUAUAGAUGCCAUUCCAAUAUUUUUACAUGCUUAAGUGUGAGUCAUUUCUUUUUAGAUUGUAUACAUGUUACUUAAUGCAAGAGUGUGAUGCUUGUUUAAAUGUUUGUUUCAAAUGUUGUUUUGCACGCGUGUCUGCACAUUUCUUCUCUUUCCUGACUGUUUCUCUUUAGUUAUUAGAACUUCUCUCUUUUCAUCAAAAAUACAAAAAAAAAUAAUAUAUAUAUAUAUAAAACUUAUUUACCGGUAGAUAAUUGUAUAGAGUUGGGAGAUCUCAGAAAAUGUCAUGCACAAAAGUGCUGUUCAAGAUACAUUUUUUUCAGUAAUUGCAUUUUAUAUUAACACAAGCGAAAAUGGGACGCCGACGCGGCCACCGACAAAAGUAACCCCUAUAUGUCGUCUUUUCAGGCGACACAAUAAAUUGAGUUAUUCAUUUUAACUUGUUUUCAUUGAAAUUAGGGGACGUUGAAAGACCCUACAAAUCAAUGACAGUUGUUAUACUAUCUUGUUAUGAUAAGAUAUCAUACAUGUAAAAGAGGAUUUCUUCUUGAAGAAGGGGUUCAUGGAUCUUUGAUACUUGUCCAAAUAUUUAUCAAAACUACUUUUCUUAGUUGCUUGACCAACACAGAAAAUCUUAGUUUUAGUUUGAAUUUAGUUUAAACAAAGGGGUUGUGGGUUCGUUACCAACCUUAGGAACUUUCUCAUGGCCUCAAAAAAUGGAUGACAGGCUCUGGUUUCUACCGAGGAAAUGGACUCCAGCUGCGUGAUGAUUCUUUAAGCUCUCAGCCUCGUCACAAUUGAGUUGAAAGAAAAGAUAAUAAACCAUACUAGUCUUUACAUACUUCCUUGUUGAAGUAAUUAAAAACAAUAUAUUGAAAUAUUAUGUGUUGGUCAAGCUUUGUGUCUGUGUGGUUUGGCCACUGCCCAGUGUCCCGGUCAAGCCUUAUUAGUCAACACUCCCGGCUCAUUCGUCCCUGAUAUGAAAAUGUUUCAUUUAAUGACAAUACACCACUGUAACAGUGGAGGCAUUACAAUAUAUAAAAUAAUUUAGUAAGUUUUCUGCACAGAUUUUAAAUUUAACGUUUGUUAUAUGGUUUGGUUCUCUUAAAUUGUUUCAAAACGAUUCCUGAAGAUGAUUUUUUUUCAAUGUCAUAAAAAAUCCUUAGCAGAAUGAUAUUAUAUGAAACAUUAUACAUACCAUGUAAUGCAACACUUUAACCACAACUGUAAAUAUAAUAUUGAAACUCGAAUCACAUCACUUGAGUUUAUUUUAAAAAUAUUUGACAAUUUUUUUUUACCUUUUAAAUGCCAAUCUGCAUUUUUUAAUAUAAAUAAUAAUUCAAAAUUGUAGUUGUCAUCAAAUACAUGUAUAGCAAGAUUAAAGAGUAAAAGUGUUGCAUUUUUUAUAAGAACUAGACUGUCAGAAUUCCAUCAAUUUGAAAUUAUAUUUUUUGAUAAGUUACAAGAGGGGACAAAUCAUAAUCAUUGAUAAAUGCUACAAAAAAGAAACAUUUUCUGAUAAAUAUAUGAAAAAAAACAAAACAAAACAAAAACACCAUCAACAUUACUUAUGUCUUCUGACAGUCUGUUACUUGUAUAUGAUGAAUGAGCUGGUGACUACGACCUGGUUGCUUGACCUUGACCACUGGUCAUCUGUCUAAACCACAGGUGCUCAUGUGUGCAUGGCAAUCCUAGCCCAUACUAGCCACUGACUGAGGUGCCCUUUUACGAAAUGAUCCGUUGAGUCUGGAUGCAGAUGAACAAAUUGCAGCUAGCACUGUUAUGCCAUGUUUUUAAAGCUGCACUCUCACAGAUAUACCAUUUUUACAACUUUUUUAUUUUUUGUCUUGGAAAGAGCAAAUUUUUGUGUACAUUUCUGCAAACCAAUGAUAUUAUAUUGCUGACAAAAAAAACAGAUCAUAGAAAUUCAUAUUUCCAUUCGAAAAUUAAUGUUUUAUAGCUUAAACUGUUACUAGCUGUUUAAGAAAAAUGAAUACAAAAUCAAUUUUUGAACUUAAAUAUAAAAAUCUGCGAUCUAAUUUUUUGUCAGCAGUCUUAUAUAACUGGUUUCCAUGGAUUUUCGUAAAAAUUUGCUCGUUCCAAGACAAAAAAUAAAAAAGUUGUAAACCAGUCAGUGGAUAUUGGUGCUGUUUCUGAGAACUCAGGAAUUGAUAUUUCCCAAGAUAAGUUCAUGAGAUGUACAGGGGUGGGGUGAACUUUCUUGAUAUUUCAUUUUCUGUUCUUUCUAUUUAACUAUCUUUCUAACUUCUCUUUUUCAAUGAGAGUUCAUAUACAAGUAUGAAAGUAUACAUGUGUUUAAAAUCUUCAGUGUUUUAUUGUUUUUGUGAUGUUUUGCAUUAGUACUGUUAUUAUAUAUAUAUAAUCAUUUGUUUGAUGUUAUGGAUUAUUUGCUUGAUUCUUGACUCUUUCUUGUUGCUUUGCACUGUCUAUACACCGGCUUCAUUUGUUUUAAUAUUCUUUUGUAAUGCUUAUGUUUUUAUUGAGAGUUUUAAGUUUGUUGAUGUUUUUUUAUGAAUGAAUUUAUUAUAAGUGUUAUAAUUUGUAUACUUAUUACAUAAUUGUAAAUAUUCACCACUAUGUUAUGCGGUAAAUUGCUUAUUUAAAAUUGUCAAUAUUUUUUGGAAUGAGUUUAUAAGUGUUAAUGUCAUAAUGUUAUCCGAUUUUGAAGUCUGCUUGGUCUUUCAAUUGUAAUGUAAAAGCUGUUCUCCUUGUUAAAAUAAGUGUCAUAAGAGUGCUUGUGUAGCUGAUAAAAUGCUCAUACAAAUCAUCCUAUUUUAUUAUUGUUAUCUUCAUAAUUAUUUUCUGAAUACAGUUUAUUUUUUUAAAUGUUAUAAUAUAUGUAGAUUGUUGUACAUUAUUUUUGUCAUAAUAUUUCGAAGAUGUAUUAUUUUAUGAUGUUCAUGUAAAAUAUUUUUAUGUGAUAUUGUAUGUUUUACGAUGGCUAAUGAUUAUUCUAUAAAUAAUCAUUUAGAUGUUAUCUCCAGUAGGAGGUGCUUUAAGACAUUUUACAUUUUAUUAUGUAAAAUAUUUGUUACAUUUGUAUGAUACUGCUUAUAACAGACGUUUUAGCAUGUAACUUGAUCUCUACUGUACCAGCAUAGCUAGUAAUAUAGGGAGUGUAUUUUGUACAAUUGCCAGGUUAUUGUGCAAUACAUCAGCAUGUAUAAAUUCAUAGCAAAAAGAUAACGUGUGAUUCAUUGUCAUACCAGUGAGUUCUGUGUGAUUCAUAGUCAUUUGUUACUUGGGAUUCUACCUUGGUAUUCUAAAAGCUAAAUUAAGUAUCGUAUUGGUUUUUUUCUUUUUUUUAGUGUAUAUUUUAGGAUUUUCCAUUAGCUUAAAUAUAACAUUACUAAGGUUUUCCCACAAUUUCCAACCCAAAAUAGUUUAUAAUAAUUGCUUUUUAUAGCUUUGUAACACAGUAUUUUUAGAGCCAGGAAAUGGUUUGUACAAUUUUCUGUUGAUGCUAGGCAUACUGUUUUGUUGUCAUUUAAUAGAAAAGCCCAGAUGUGCUAUACUUAUUUUAUUGCCUCUAAGUUCAAAUACACAUGAGCGUUUUCAGGAUUUUAACAUUGUGAUAGUAAUUAUUCCACUUGUUAGAAUAGUUUUAAGUUGGUCAUUGUUACAAUUUUAAUAGUUUACUUUUCAUACAUUCUUGUACAUUCAUAUCAUAUUUCUUGCUUCAAUCUUCAGAUGUCAAUAAACUUAUUUACAUGUUAAUAUUUCUGUCUGACUUUCUAUCAUCAUCAUAACAUCAUCAUCACCACCACCACCACCAUCUUCGUUACAUGUAUAUACUUUUUUUAUAUUUCAUUUUUCAAUAAAGCAAUGAUGCUGGUUGUA